UUCACUGCCGGCAAGGUAGACCUGGGUACUAGCUUUGUGGCUGUUUAUCUCCCGGAGCCUCAGUUUGGCUUCUGUACAACGGGUGACUUGAGGCCUUCCCCAGCCCCUUGUCCCUGGUGCUCUCUUGCUGUGUGCCAUCGCCGCCUUGUGCAAAGAAGCCUUGAAGGCAUUCAGUUUUAGCUGUCUUAUUUUAAGUGAAGAUCUGUCGGAUCUCAGUCACCCACAUGUUUUUUGUCCUCUACAUAUGCUUUUGCUGUAAUUAUACCCAAAUAUUGGCCACUACAGGGCGGGAGAUUCUGGGCCCGGAGGCAGAAGUUUGGCGUGGGGGUGACACAGGUGUUGUCCCCGCGCAUCUGCCUUCGGUGCUUGCCCCUGCAGGGAGUGCUCGCGCCCCUUCCCUAUGCCACCCCCACGAUGCCCCUGUCCCGUUUGCUGAGAUCUGUGGGGGUCUUCCUGCUGCCCGCCCCCUGCUGGGGACCCAGGGAGAGGUGGCUGGGUUCCCCGCGGAGGCCCUCCCUCCUGGGGGCCUGGCACGGUGCCCGCUGCUGGUGCCAAGUGUGGACAGAGCAGCCUCGAGCACUUUGCUCCUCUCUCAGGAUGAGUGGAGACCAGAAGUCGGAUGUUUAUGCUCAAGAAAAGCAGAAUUUCAUCCAGCACUUCUCUCAGAUUGUCAGGGUGCUGACUGAAGAAGACACAGAGCACCCAGAGAUUGGAGAUGUCCUAGCCCGGCUCAAGGAGGUCCUAGAGUACAAUGCCAUUGGAGGCAAGUACAUCCGGGGCUUGACGGUGCUGGUAGCAUUCAAGGAGCUGGUGGAGCCAAGCAAACAGGAUGCUGAGAGCAUGCAGCGAGUGCUGACCGUGGGCUGGUGUGUGGAGCUGCUGCAAGCUUUCUUCCUGGUGGCAGAUGACAUCAUGGACUCAUCCCUGACCCGCCGGGGACGGGCCUGCUGGUAUCAGAAGCCAGGCAUAGGUUUGGAUGCCAUCAACGAUGCUUUCCUUCUGGAAUCCUGUAUCUACCGCCUGCUGAGGCUGCACUGCCGGGAGCAGCCCUACUACCUGAACCUGCUCGAGCUUUUCCUGCAGACUUCCUACCAGACGGAGGUCGGGCAGACUCUGGACCUCAUCACAGCCCCCCAGGGCCAGGUGGACCUCAGCAGAUACACUGAGAAGAGGUACAAAUCUAUUGUCAAGUACAAGACAGCUUUCUACUCCUUCUACCUGCCUGUCGCUGCUGCCAUGUACAUGGCUGGCAUAGACGGGGAGAAGGAGCACAGCAGCGCCAGGGGGAUCCUGACGGAGAUGGGCGAGUUCUUCCAGAUCCAGGAUGAUUUCCUUGACCUCUUUGGGGACCCCAGUGUGACAGGGAAGAUUGGCACCGACAUCCAGGACAACAAAUGCAGCUGGCUGGUGGUUCAGUGCCUGCAGCGGGCGACUCUGGAGCAGCGCCAGAUCCUGCAGGAGAAUUAUGGGCAGAAGGACGCCGAGAAGGUGGCCAGGGUGAAGGCGCUGUACGAGGAGCUGGACCUGCCGGCUGCGUUCCUGCGGUACGAGGAGGACAGCUACAGCCGCCUCCAGGGCCUCGUCCAGCAGCACGCCGCGUCGCUGCCCGCGGCCAUCUUCCUGGGGCUAGCGAACAAGAUCUACAAGCGGAAAAAGUGACCUGGAGACCACGGGGCGGGAGGGCGGCCGCUUAAUAAAGUACCGCGAACCCCUCG